CUCUCUCUGUCUGAUCCGAUCCCUCCUCCACAGAAACUCGCCUAACUGUCGCCGCCGGUUUCGUUUCCGGCCACCUCCAGCUGAUCAGAUCCUCACUCCUUCCCGCCAUGGCUUCUCUCACUCCCCGCCACCGAUCCGACUGGCUCGUCCUCGACGCUCCCAGCUACUCGUAGAUCUUGCGACCUCGAUAUCCAUUUCCGCUUCGCCGGUGGCUCUCUUUUCCGAGAUAAGAUUUUAUUUACAGUCUUCGUAGCUUCCUUGAUUCACUUAGUCGCGGUUUUCCGGUGUUUAUAGUGGUUUUGGAGUCUGAGUGAGUCUUGGAGCGGUUAAAGAUUCGAAGCUUCGUCGUGGAUCUUCAGUAUUGCGCUUUGAAUCUAAAGAUUUUGGAUUUUUAUUUUGUUUCGUUUUGAUUAUUUUGGAGUGAGUUUUAAUCUGUUGAGAUAUGGAAGAUCGAAACGCGAGAGUGAACAGUGGAAUGUCCGACGUCGUCGCCGGCUGCGUGAUGCCGUAUAUCGUCGACGCGAAGGACCGCGACGCCGUUUCGUUGGUGUGCCGGCGGUGGUACGAGCUGGACGCGCUCACGCGCGAGCACGUGACCAUCGCGCUCUGCUACACCACGACUCCCGAGCGGCUCAAGAGGCGGUUCCGGCAGCUCAAGUCGCUCCAGCUCAAGGGGAAGCCGAGGGCGGCGAUGUUUAAUCUGAUACCGGAGGAUUGGGGAGGCUUUGUGACGCCGUGGGUGGAGGAGAUUGCCCAGUCGUUUAAGAGCUUGAAGACUUUGCAUUUCCGGAGAAUGAUUGUGAGGGAUUCGGACCUGGAGCUCUUGGCUAGGUCGCGCGGCAAGGAGCUUCUGUGUCUUAAGCUGGACAAGUGCUCGGGGUUUUCGACUGACGGCCUUGCCCAUAUCACUCGCUCCUGCAGGGAUUUAAGGACCUUGCUCUUGGAGGAGAGCUUGAUAAUCGAGAAAGAGGAUGAAUGGGGUGAAUGGCUACAUGAGCUUGCUACUAACAAUACUGUGCUUGAGACUUUAAACUUUUAUAUGACGGAUCUUGGCAGAAUCAGAUUUGAAGAUCUCGAACUCAUAGCUAAGAAUUGCCCGUCCUUAACCUCAGUGAAAAUUAGCGACUGUGAGAUUUUGGAUCUUCUGGGUUUCUUCCGUUAUGCAGCUGCUCUAGAAGAAUUUUGUGGAGGUUCCUUUAAUGAUCAAUCCGAGAGGUACUCAGGUGUAUCAUUGCCAAGAAAGUUAUCUCGUUUGGGUCUAACUAUGAUGGGGAAGAAUGAGAUGCCUAUUGUAUUCCCAUUAGCGCCCCUCCUCAUAAAGUUGGAUCUCCUCUAUGCAUUGCUUGACACUGAAGACCACUGUACUUUAAUCCAAAAGUGCCCCAACUUGCAAGUUCUUGAGACAAGGAAUGUCAUUGGCGAUAGAGGCUUAGAAGUUCUUGCUCGGAGUUGCAAGAAACUGAGAAGGCUUCGAAUUGAGAGAGGUGCUGAUGAGCAAGGGAUGGAGGACGAAGAUGGAAUUGUUUCACAGAGGGGUCUGAUGGCUUUGGCACAGGGUUGCCUGGAACUGGAGUACUUGGCUGUCUAUGUAUCAGAUAUCACAAAUCUAUCUCUGGAAUGCAUUGGGACUCAUUCUAAAAAUUUAAAUGAUUUUCGCCUUGUACUGCUUGACCGUGAAGUGGUGAUAUCAGAUUUACCACUUGACAAUGGCGUUAGAGCUUUAUUGAUGGGCUGCCAAAAGCUUCGGAGGUUUGCUUUGUAUCUCCGCCCUGGGGGUUUGACUAACGUGGGGCUUGGGUAUGUGGGCCGGUAUAGUCCAAAUGUAAGAUGGAUGCUUCUAGGUUAUGUUGGUGACUGUGAUAAAGGGCUUGAAGAGUUUUCGAAGGGUUGCCCUAGUCUGCAGAAACUAGAAAUGAGGGGCUGUUGCUUCAGUGAGGGUGCACUUGCUUCUGCAGUGAUUCAGCUGCCUUCGCUAAGGUAUCUGUGGGUGCAAGGGUACAGGGGAUCCCCGACAGGUCAAGAUCUUUUGGCAAUGGUUCGCCCAUAUUGGAAUAUUGAGUUGAUUCCCCCGAGAAGAGUUGAUGUUCCUGAUGAGAUCGGGGAGGGAGUUGUGGUUGAGCAUCCAGCUCACAUUCUUGCAUACUACUCUCUUGCUGGACCACGAACAGAUUUUCCAGAUAGUGUUAUCCCCUUGGAUCCAGAGGCUUUGAUUAAUGCUUAGAGCUGUACAUACAAGCUUCUUUUUUGUUCAGAUCACAGUUUCCCCCACCGCACCUUGUUCAUAGAUUUAUGCAAUAACUUUCUUUUCUUUUUGGAUAGUUGAGGGUUUCAAUAUUUUAAAUUUCAUUUUAUUUCUAGACUUUAGUGUGGCAAUAAGUUUCAUGCUCUUUGUAAUUUGAAAGGUACCUGGCACUCCGGGGCAAUUAGCUACUGAGCUUCAGUUUCAGUACCAUAGUUAUUUGUAUUAGUCUGAUGAGUUGAUAU